CAACACACGAACUUCUGUCAGCCCUGUGUGUUUUCAGUCGCAGCCCCGAGCCGAAGAUACCGGAGAAACUCACAGCCAGUCGAGCUCAAUUCAGCCUUUAUAACCGCGACCAACCGCGUCGUGACGGACACAGGACAUUCAGAUCAACGCGACCGGGGCUCGUUCACGAUUUAUUGAUCACCGGUGCGGGCGUGCGCGCGGUUAAUGGAUUAAAAUGUGAAUAUGUGAGUUUACUUUGCAGCAAAGGCUGAUUUCUGACUGACAUCAUUCACCAGGCGGAUCAGGAUUUUAAGAUGGAGUUCUGGAUUUUGGCUGUGUGUCGGAUCAGCUUGAUGUUGACAUUGAUGUCUUCCACUGGACAGGGGGUGGCGAGUCAGACACAGAGUGCUUAUUUCCUCCCCGAAUUUGCACUUUCUCCACAAGGAAGCUUUCUGGAAGACACAACCGGAGAGCAGUAUCUCACCUACCGCUAUGAUGACCAGUCGUCAAGAACGACCCGGUCAGAUGAGGAGAGGGACACUGGCUGGGACGCCUGGGGCUCGUGGAGUGACUGCUCUCGUACCUGUGGGGGCGGAGCCUCAUAUUCCUUACGCAGGUGUCUUAAUGGAGGGAACUGCGAGGGCAGAAACAUCCGUUACAGAACAUGCAGCAACACAGACUGUCCUCUUGAGUCAGGUGACUUCAGGGCUCAACAAUGCUCUGCCCACAAUGACAUCAAGUACCAAGGACAAACUUACGAGUGGAUACCUGUGACAUACGACCCGGUUUCACCCUGUGCCCUCCGAUGUCAAGCCCGGGGGAAAAGCCAGGUGGUGGAACUGGCGCCCAAAGUGUUAGACGGGACUCGGUGCAAAGCGGACUCUCUGGAUAUGUGUAUCAGCGGGAUCUGUCAGGAGGUUGGCUGUGACAGACAGCUGGGCAGCAACGCUAAAGAGGACAACUGUGGUGUGUGUGCAGGAGACGGCUCCACCUGUAGACUGAUCCGAGGUCAGGCUCUGCCCCACGUCUCACCUGAAGAACCCAUGAAGACAGUGAUUGAAGUACCGAUGGGAAGCAGAGGCCUCAGGAUAACAGCCAAGGGACCAGACAUGAUCGUGAUUGAAGCCCAUGGACAGAACAGCCGGAGAGAAGAGGUGCAGUUCAGCUCUUCAGGAUCUCAGUCUCUGGGCAACAAUACAGUGGAGUUUCAGAGAGGAGCAGAGCGGCAGACUCUCCGCUGCUACGGCCCACUCACAUCAGACUUCACUGUGAAGGUGAAGUACGCUGGCCCUAAAGACACAGUGAUGCAGUUCAUGUUUUAUCAGCCCAUUCGCUACCAGUGGAGGGAGACUGACUUCUUCCCCUGCUCCGUCACCUGUGGAGGAGGUUAUCAGCUAAAUUCAGCUGACUGUGUGGAUAUCCGUUAUAACAGAUCGGUUGCAGAGCACCUGUGCCACAGUUUCCCAGAAAACACCAAACCCACACCCAAACUCAAAGAGUGCAACAUGGAACCCUGUCCUGAAAGUGAUGGAUUUAAGGAAGUGAUGCCGUAUGAUCAUUUCCAGCCUCUUCCUCGGUGGGAGCAGAACCCGUGGACGUCGUGCUCGGUGUCGUGCGGAGGAGGAUCUCAGGAGAGGAGUAUUGUGUGUGUGGAGGAGGAUGUUCAUGGUCAGAUCGUGCAGGUGGAGGACUGGAAGUGCACACAUUCACCUCGACCAAUCAGCAAACAGAGCUGCAACACCUUCGACUGUCCGCAGUGGAUGGCCAUGGAGUGGUCUCAGUGCACGGUCACCUGUGGUCCAGGUUUGCGCUACAGAGUUGUUCUGUGUGUGGAUUAUAAUGGUCAACACGCCGGCGGCUGCAAUCCUCACCUCAAACCUCAUAUCAAAGAGGACUGCCUCGUCCCCAUCGCCUGCCACAAACCACGAGAGAACCAGCCUGUGGAAGCCAAGCUGCCCUGGUUGAAACAGGCUCAAGAGCUGGAAGAAACCAAAGUAGCUUUGGAAGACCCAACGUUUGUCCCGGGACCGUGGUCAUCCUGCAGUGUUUCUUGCGGUCUGGGAGUUCAGUGGCGUCAGGUGAAGUGUAAAGUCCUGCUGUCCUUCACUCAAGCUGAGGUUGAACUCCCUGAUGAAGAGUGCAAUGAGGAAAAGCCUUCCUCUCAAAGGAGCUGUGAUUCAGGGCCCUGUUUGGUGGCUCCAGACUCCUCACGGUGGCCCCUGAGAACCCCUGAGGGCCCUAAUCAGCAUAGUUAUGCUUGGGAGCACAUUGGCUUCACUGCUUGCUCUGCAUCAUGUGCUGUCGGCAAACAGAUGGCUGUUGUCAGGUGUGUGAGCACCUUGAAGAAGGAGAUUGUUGAUGACUUGCUCUGCAAUGGAUCCAAAGCUCCAGUUUCCCUGCUGCGCAUCUGUAACCCUCAGCCGUGCCCUCCAAGAUGGGAGGUGAGUGUGUGGAACCUAUGUUCAGUGUCGUGUGGUGUGGGGCUUCAGACGAGGAGUGUGUCCUGUGUCAGAUCUGUGGCUGGAAACCGCACUGAAUCACUGUCCAGCAAAGACUGUGUGGAGAAAAGACCCAAUGAACUACAGGCCUGCAACCAGGUGGCUUGUCCAUCAUCCUGGGAGGCUGAGGAAUGGCAGCAGUGCUCUCAUUCGUGUGGCAGAGGCUCUCAAUGGAGGAAGGUUUACUGUAAACAGAGACUGGCUACCGGAAGCUACCGCAGAUUGAGGGAUGAGGACUGCACCGGACCCAAACCUGACGUCCACAGGAUUUGCACCAAUGCUGACUGUCUGCUGCCUCGUCUGGAAGGUGGAGAGUGGUCCAAGUGCUCUGUGACCUGUGGUAAAGGCGUUCAGCGGAGGGAGCCCGUAUGUAGGAGACAGACAGCCUCCGGUCAGCUGGUCACCCUGGACAGGACAUCCUGCAGUGAUCUUCCCCUCCCUCCUCUGAUCAGGAGCUGCCGCAUGAGCCCAUGCAACAAGCACAAGCACUCCAAAAAGCGCUGCCCUCAGGUCGUUGGCCUGAAACGCAUCUACAUCCAGAACAGACCAGAAAAACGACUGAGUUUCACCAUUGGAGGACGAGCCUACCUUCUUCCCAAGACCACCGUCAUUAUCAAGUGUCCCGUUCGCCAUUUCCCUAAAGCUCAGAUCCGUUGGGAGAAGGACGGGGAUGAGCUGACCAGCUCCAAACGCCUCAGCAUCACCAAAUCCGGAGCUUUGAGGAUCUACAACCUGGAAGCAGAAGAUAUCGGAGUGUACCGCUGUUGGGCCAACCAAGAUUCAGACACCUUCAUCCUGAAGCUGAUCGGAUACAAUAACAGGCUCCUGGAUCAUCCGGCUUUGGGAAAGGAACGAAGGGAAAACUUUCAUCCAUACCUCAACAAAGAAGGAGGUUUUGUUAGUUCGAAAUGCAAUGAAGGGUUUACAAAUGGAAACAAGGCUUCGAAAUCAAGUUGGAUGCAAAAAAACGAAUUCUACAGAGAUGAUGAUGGACAUCCCAAGGAGAUGCUUUGGGAUACUCUUGCUUUGGGAAACUACGCUUUGGCUUCAGGCACCAGGAGCCACACAGGAGCCUUCGUUCUUGAACCUGCACAAUUUGAGGAGCUUGUGAAAAACAUCAGUCAGCUUGCAGAAAGUGGCGAUGUGACGGAUGAAAUGGCGUCGCAGCUGAUUGGGAAACUAAUAGAGGAUUUGGCUGCUGCAGGGCAAGGGCAAGUACCUAUUGAGGAAAGCACUACAAUGGACAACUAUUUAGAUAGGACGUCAAACACUUCUGAUAUUUCUGGGGUGGAGGUGUCAAAAAAAGCAGCAAUUGUUCGGCAGAAGCAUCACGGAUCUCUUAUGAGCUUCCAGCGGGAUCUCAGGAUCCAUGUGGGACGGACUGCUUACCUGACCAAUGCAACCCACAGCCUUACUCUGUUGUGUCCCAGUAAGGGAUCACCAAAGCCAAAGCUCUCCUGGACCAAAGAUGGAGCUCCAUUGCAGGAUGGCAACAGGGUAUCAUGGGACAGCAGUGGUGGAGAGCUGCACAUCUCCAGCCCUGGUGCCAGUGAUGUAGGCAUCUAUAGAUGCACCGCCAUCAAUGAACUGGGUUCAGAUUCAGAAACAACACAAGUUCUGUUAGCCGAAAGUCCCACAAUCGCUGCCUCACGCAGAAACACAUCAGAUCUGAAGAGUACGAGUCUGAAGGUGGUGGUUGGAGGUGUUAUCAGGGUCCGUUCUGGUGCCAACCUCACCCUGGAGUGUCCCGUCAAAGGUGUCCCCCGACCAGCAGUGAGUUGGCACCGUAAGGAGGGUCCGCUGGAUGCCCGUGCUAGUCCUCUCCUGAGCGGAUCACUGCUCCUUACAAACCUCAAGCAGCAGGACGAUGGCACCUACACCUGCAUCGCUGCCAACACCAUCGGGAAAUCAGCCGCCUCCAGCCGGAUCCGCGUGGAGGGAGCAGUGGGUGAACCUGAUCUUCAGUCCUCAAAGCAGAUGAACAGAAAGAGGGUUUUGAUGGCGUCUCUGGUGGGCACCAGCGCCACCGUCAGGCCUGGAGACACACUGCGCAUAGGUUGUCCCGUGGUGCCGGGUCACAGGAGGCCUGUCCGCUGGCAGUAUGAAAACCGGACUCUCUCAGCGGCUGCAGGCGGUCUCUAUCGUCUGCUGGUGGGAGGACGAGUGCUGGAGAUCAACACUCACACAGGGAGCUUCAGCGGACGAUACCAGUGUCAAACACAAACCAACAACCAGCAGCAGCUCACAGCCUGGAUACACCUGCUCUCACAAGAGUUUGAGUGGCGUUUGGGCGACUGGAGCACGUGCAGCUCGUCCUGUGGAAACAGAGGGACUCAGAUGAAGAAGAUUAAAUGUGUGUCGUCUGAGGGCCAAGAGUCUCCUCAUGCAGCCUGUCAUUAUCUCCCCAAACCCAGAAGUCAAACUCGCCCCUGCAACCUCCUGCACUGCCCUCCCAGCUGGGUGUCAACGGUGUGGUCGAGGUGCUCCAGUUCCUGUGGGCAGGGCUUCAGAGAGAGGCGGGUCUCCUGUCAGCAGGUGGAAGCUUCUGGAAGUGUGAAGGUUUUGCCUAGCAGUGAGUGUGAAGGAUCUCCUCGACCCGAAGACAGGCAGGAGUGCAGCUCUCAGGCCUGUGUUGAGUGGAUCUCUGGCCCAUGGGGGAAGUGUGCAGGUCGGUGUCUGGGUCCAGCGAUGGCCACACAGACCAGAACAGUCUCAUGCAGACUCUUCAGCAACUCCACAUCCAAAACAUGCGACCCGAAAGAAAGGCCGUCAGCGGUGAGGAACUGCUCCUCAGAGAUGUGUGAUGUGCACUGGAAGGUCUUUCCCUGGAGGACGUGCACUGUGGCCUGCGGCAGCGGCUUCCAAUCCCGCAGAGUGGAGUGUGUCCAUCGCCAGAACAAGAAAACUCUACCAGACCAGCACUGCGCCUGGCAACGGCGGCCGGUUACCUGGCAACACUGCAACAUCACUUCCUGUGGCAGCGAGUGUAAAGACAGAACGCACUACUGUCCUGUGGUCAAGCGUUUAAAGCUCUGCCCUGUGGAUCUGUAUCGCCAGCGCUGCUGUCAGACCUGUUUACAGGACACCAGCGCCACCUAGAGCCCACCAGACGAAGCGCAACCAGAGCAACAGACAGCACUGAUUAUCAUACAAAGUAUUGCUGAAAUCAUGAAAACCCUGGAGUGUAUAGACUUUUCUGGAGGAUUAAUACACUUCACCGGAAUCCACAAUCGGAGGAAGAGUCCAAAGAGAAAUUUGCUUCUCAUUUUAUUUUGAGUUAAUUUAAGAGACGUGCGUUUUUGUUUUCUCUGUCGAUAUGAGAGGAACAUGUUAUUGGACCAUUCGCCUUUGUGAAGGAAAUUUGGUGUGUAAAUGCACUGAUACUAACAAUAUCAGUAGUACACAGAUUUUGGAGUAUUAUGCGAGACGUUAUCCAAUGUUUUUAAUCCUACUUUAAAGUCAACAUGAAACACUGCCGAAGCCCGUUUACGUCUCUAAUCUGAUUACUUGAGAAUGGAACAGGAUAUUUGAAAAGGAAAUGGGACUCAGUGGCUGCAACAUUGUAAAUUCUUUUGAGUAGGUACUUUAUUUGAUCAUUUCGCCACAAGUAUACUGAAAAAAACGAUUAAUUGGAUUUACUCAAAUUUAAUGUACUAAAUAUGAGUAAAUUAUUAAAUAUUACUAAUAUAAUUUACUACAUUUUUCAAAGGAAGUGCUUGCAAACGUAUAUGGGUUGAAUUUAAACAAACAAAUUAAGUUAAGUGAUGUUCAGUAGAGCCCUGCAUUUGAGCCCGGGCCCAACGGGGCUGCAUUAGAAAAAAAUUGAAAAAUAAAGUUUAAUGAGAUCUAAUGCGUGCAGUCUGAAAGCGCCCGAGAUGUCUCGUCCAUAGAGAUUUCCAGCCACGUACAAUAGAAAACAUAAAGAGAAAAAUUAGCAAUAGUGAACUUAAAACUCUAGUGAAAAACUUCUGGUCAUCUUUUCAAAUAGUGACAACUUUAAAUGAGGAGCCAACUGGUUAGACACAAUGCACAACUUGUAAGUCCAGGGGACCUGCCGGAUUUUAUUCCAAUUAUGCACAAAUCCAGCACUGCCCCGCCUCAUCAUCCCUUAUUCUUAUUUCAAUGUCAAGAAACACUGAUGCUUGCUGUCAAAGGCUACUUUAUUUAAGGGCAUUCGUUUUGACAUAAUUAAUUUCUUUUUUGAUAUUGUAAUAUUUUCUUUGAAAUGUAAAUGUAAUUAAAGCACAUCAGCACCAAGGAAAAAUCUGAUGCUCUAGAUAUAAUCUUUAAAAUUAUGACAUAUUAAUAAAUUUACUAAUAUAUGACAGGAUUGUGGUACAAUUAGUGAAGCAUUAAUUAAAUCCUUAUUUUCCACUGACUGCAACAUCAUCCACGCACAGUUGAGUAAUGUAUGGGCUCAAACAAAAAUAAAAUUUGUAUAUAUAUUUUUAGUUUGUCUUUUAGGGCCCUAUCAUACACAAGGCACAAUAAGGCGCAAGACAUUUUUCCACGACGUGUUGCUAUUUUUAGACCAACGCAACACAAAUUUUCCUGUUUUCCGGCACAUUGUUCAAAUAACAUAUCCAUUUGCGCCACUUUGUGGACUCAUGGGUGUUUCGGUCUAGAAAAGAGGUGUGUUAAGGCGCAUUGUUGACACGCUGCUAUUUUGAGGAACUAAAAUAGACUGUUCAAUAGACCAGCUGAAAGCAGGUCUAAAGUCCAGCGCAGAGCCCGUCAGUUUUACGCCUCGCUUACACAUUGCACAAAUAUCUUUACACAUGAAAAAGAAUUAAGGGAUUAAAUUAUUUUUUUAAAUAAAUUACUUUCUACAUAAAUAUAAAAACCACUGCCUCCAUGCCUUCUUCAUCUCGGGUGGCUUUUUCUAGUUUAUUCAUGACAAUUUUUUUUUGUAUAAUGUUAUUAUUAUUAGUAGUAUUGUAGUAGUAGUAUUAUUAAAAACAUUAAUAAAUAUUAUUAAAACAUUAUUAUUAUUUUUAUUAUUAAGCUUAGAUUUGUCCUCCUGUCAGGUUUUGGACCAUAUAGGGCAUAGCAUGUGUGUUUGGAUAUAACUCAUUAUUAUUGUUCAUUUAUUCUUUUGCUGGAAAUUAGAACUGAAUUUAGAAACAGUUUUGAAACAAAUUUUUGCGUUUAACAAACAGAAUUAAUUAUGUAGGCUAAUGGAUGUCUGUGCGUACAACAUGUUUCCUUAUCCACGAAAGAGUGAAAGUAAAGGCCGAUUGAAGUAGGCUCAUUUUUUCAUUCUCGCGCUUCAGAUGCUCUGUUUAACUGAUUUCUCACUAGCGUUCAGAUUUUUCACUUACAAAGUCUGCCAUGUAAAUAGCAAAUGCGCCAUGGGGAAUGAGAGAUGAGACUCUGAUUGGUUUAAUGCACGUUAUGAUCAAAACACACCCAUAACUCGUUAAGAGAAUAAGCACAACCCUGUUAGACCAUGCGCCAGGGCGCAGAGCAUCCUUAAGAUAGCAAAAAGUGGAUUCGGAUAUGCCCUUAAUACUUUUGCGCCCUGUUCUUCAGACUUUGUGCCUACAUUGUUAAAAUAGAGCCCCUAAUUUUUAUCUAUAUUUUUGUUGGUCAUUGAUCUACUUGAUAAAAUAGAAGAACGAAUAAUAUUUGAGGUGAAGUGCUUCAAAACAAGUCCGCUAUAUGCUUAAACAAUGCCAAAACACAAAUAAAUUGUCAAAUAAAAUAAUAAUCUAGCCUAAAUAAAAUUUUAAUUGUUUAAAACACCUUGGAUGGUAGCAGUUCCAUGCGAGGAGGCUGCGCAGCUGGCGGAUCUGAAUUGUCUGAUGAAAUAGACACGGGCUGGGCCUGGAGUUUUCCCGGCUCACGUGCCCCAUGCGGGGGAUCAAUAUUUGACUCAUUAAAUUUGGCCAUUUUAAAGAGUGUCUAUUCAUUUUGAACCUUGUUUUAAACAAUAGCUUUCUGAAUUGUAAGUUUUAGUGUGCGGAAAAACCACAAGCAAAACUAAAGGCAAUAGAUUUCUUUACCCAUCUCCCACCAUGCAAGUACAUACUCACUUUAAAACACACAAAUGCACACCUUCAUUUAUUCUAAUUUUUUCUUGCUUUGUCAAUAUAUCGUAGUGUAUACUGUUUAAUAAUCAAUUUAAAUUAUGUAAAAAAUUAAAUAAACAAAUAAACAAACAAACAAAUAAUUAAAUAAAUAAAUAAAUAAAUAAAUAAAUAAAAAGCUGCAUUAAUUCCCACCCUUUCAUGGUUGGUACUUGCAGUGCGUACAACCGUACGGCUGCAGGCACCACUGGGUUAAAUUGAGUAAACUCAAACCGAUUGAAUAUCGAUGUCACUUAAACUAAAUCUUACAUUUAAAAAAUACAGAAAAAAAAAAUCCAAACGUUUCUUUAAGUCAUUCUGAUAAAAAAAAAAAAAAUGAAAAAAAAACCAUCAACUUUCUAUUAAAUACAAAUGUGGUCUAUUUUAAUGGCUGUAACAGUAUACGCUGUUUGGCGAGAAAAAACUUGCUUCAGGUUGGACUCGGGCCAAUACUUUUGUUUGACAAGGGCCGGGCUACAGCCUGUGCGUCUCAGGCCAGGGCUGGGCUAGGGCUUCGAUUUGAGGCCUGUGCAGGGCUUUAAUGUUCAGCUUAAUUUGUUUGUUUACAUUCAGCCUGUUUUAAAUCACUUAGCUUAAAAAAAAUGAGUAAAUCCAAUUAAUCAUUAUUUGAUUGUAAUGUGUCAUGCUUCUUUUGUUACAUACUCAUAGGGAGUGUCUCAAUCAGCACCCUAGCUCUCUAGGUCAAUCAUUAGUAGCCCACACACUUUGAAUAUUACUACUCUAUUGAAUGGGCAUUUUAAGUGGUUAUCAACUAAUAGAUAUGGGCCAGUGGGCUCAGAAGGCUCUUAUCAUCCAUUCACAUGGUUAAUCAGCUUUACUAAUAAGAGAAGACUCCAGAUCCAGAUCUGUUUACAUUACAGUGAUGGUUGGGGUAGACGAUAAUAAAAUACAAUUAAUAGGAAAUUUAAUAAAUAAUAUAAAUAAUUCUCAUUAACUUUCACCUGCAUAUGUGAUCUAUAGUUGAUUAACCAUGUGGAUGGAUGAUAACAGCCCCUACUGGUCCAUAUCUAUCAGCUCAUAACCACUGAUAAUGCCCAUUCAAUCGAGAGAUAACAUUCAAAUCGGCUAAAGCAUAAAACUAAUCAGAAACUGAGCUAAACUUAAACUUUGAAAAGUGAACUAUUUCAAUUUACUAUGAUCUUUUAUCUGAAAUAAUGGUGAAUUGAAUUGAAUAAACAGCCUGUGUAUAUGAAUUUGCAUAGCACUUCGCUAGCAGGCCUCCAUUACACUCACCACCCUAAACCUACUCCCAUCCCAGCCGAGCCCCCACGUGUAACCCACCUGUCCUACUGCACCCAACCCGCGCCGAGCUGGGAUCGAACAGGUGAUUCUUUGUAUGAGAGUUGGUUGCUUUAACAAGGAGGUUAAAGACCAUGGCCCCUAGCGUCUGUUGCUAAAGCAUCUUUUGAGGUCAGAGGAGUGAGGUUUACCUGCAUAGCACUUCGCUAGCUGGCCUCUGUUACACUCACCUCCCUAAACAUCACUCCCAUCCCGGACGACCCCCUACAUGUAAACCACCGGUCCUACUGUGCACAACACGCGCUGAGCUGGGAUCGAACAGGUGAUUCUUUGUAUGGGAAUUGGUUGCUCCAACAAGAAGGCUAAAGACCAUGGCCCCCAGCGCCUGUCGCUAGAGCACCUUUUGAGGUCAGAGUAGUGAGGUUUACCUGUAUAGUAUUUCGCUAGCGGGCCUCCGUUACAUAUCUAAAUAUCUCGUAAAAUUGUGAAAAAAAGGUCAGAAUUGUGAGAAAUUUUGUGAAAUUUAAACUGUCAGUUCCAAGAAUUGUGACAUAUAAGUUCAAAAAGGCAAUAAAAAGGUCUAAUAAUCAUGGUUAAAAGAAGUGAUAUUUAUAUUUUGAUAUUAAUUACAGAAACAAACUUUUUAAAAAAUGCAGUGACGUACACUGAUAAAUCGUGCACAAAAAAACGUUAAAGUAAACAGGGUCCACUUAGCUUUCAUGUUGACUUUAUUAGAAAAAGGUGUUUUUAUAUAGACGCGGAAUGUACGACAGAAAACUCGCUGACUGAUUGGUCACAUUUCUCCAGCCGUCUUUUAGAUGUACGUUUUGUGUUCGACUAAUGUGCUACAUUGUAAAAUAUGUCUUGUAUAUAAUGUGUUUUCAAGUGCAAUAUUGUACAUUGAGUGUAGAAAGUUUGGAUUUUAUUUUCGUACCUUUUGGUUUAGUUUGUCUUUAUAAUCCAUAUUUAAGAUUAAACGCAACGCAGACCUACAUACGUAUAGCACUUGAAGUGGAUUUAACUGUAUUUCUAAUAUAAUGGUUUCCUACUGGCCUCUUUAUGCAUGCCUUAUUAAAUACACCAUCUAAAGUUGUACAUAAGCCACUCACAGAAUUUAUUCAUCAAUUUAAUCGGUUGCAUUUUAUUGCCAAUUUUGUUGCUUCAUUUGGUUUAAGGAAGUGCAAAGUGCUGGUUUUGGUACUAUUCAUGUCAAUAUAGCAAACAGUCUAUGUGAUACAAAUACAAUAAAUACAGUUUUACCAAUCUGCUAA